AUGAAUCUCGACUGCGUGUACGAUCUGGAGCCGCUCUUGACACAGAAUUCAUCGGGUGCAUCGUCAUCUCCCGGGGCACGACGCCGCAGAUGCAGGAAAAGCCGCGCUCUCACAGCCAAGCUGGACACAGGCCAUAGUCGCGACGCAGACGCAGACGCGGCCGGGCCCGAUUUCCUGCAGUACAUCGCUUCCUUGCACAUGAGCGACAAGAUCCACGCCUGCUUGGCCAACCGAACGCUGGUGCUUGCGCUGACAGCGGUCCCUCUGACGGCGGAUCCCGAGGCCACGCACUACAUCAUUGGCGAGAUGCUUCGGAUCCCGGACCUGGUGCGAAAAGGACGGGCGACGCCUUUUGUUCAUCCCCAGCUGCAUGGGACAACCUCUCAGCGGCAUCUGGCCUGGGUGCUUGAGGGCGUCAGGUUUGACAGCAGUCCUUUCUCUGAGCUCAUCACUUUGGACGCACCAACCGUCUCUCUGAUAGAGUUAGUGGCUGCCACGCAAGCUCUGAUACUGCUCCUGAUUCAACACGCCUUUGACCAGAAGACUACCUGGCCAGUCAACCUGGGGUUCGAACUAUUGGCCAGAUGGACAACUAUACUUUGGACGUCGGCGGCGAGCAGAAUACCCCAUGACUUGGACCCAUGGCGGAGCUGGAUUCUGGGCGAGAGCGUCCGUCGGGCCAUCCUCAUGUCGUAUCUACUCGAUGGUACAUACAGUGCAUGGCGAGUUGGCUGGUGUUGUCAUCAGCUAUUUGUUUACGCACUGCCCUUCAGCUCACAGGGGCGAUUGUGGCUCACAGAAACCCAACAGGAAUGGGCUGCUUUGACCAACAGAGGACCUGAAGUGUCAAUAGCGAGAACGUUGGUGUCGCUCAAGGAAUUCACCGGAGCUUUUGCUGAGAAACCGUUCGAGCCUGGGGACGAUUUGUUCCAGAGGUUACUCCUGGUGUCACAUCAUGGAAAGAAAUCGGUGGAAGAUGGAUUGAUGGGUCGUAGUGGAGGCCCAACCAAACCGCUGAUGACUGUGAUGUCUUUUACCAUGUAG